AUCUCUUGCCCAGGAACUUUGGAGUUGGGCUGGAGAGUUCCUCAGUUUCUAGGCGUGGAGUUUGCCCACCUCUCCUUUGGGGUGUUCCAACCACGGCAGUUCAUUUUCCCGUGAUUCCAGGUAGUUCUAGGUACUGCCAAGGAAAAAGAAGGGCGUCUUGAGAAGCAGGAAGGUACGCAGAUCUCUCAGGUCGUCCUGCUUCCUGUCGUGGUUUCAGGAUCAUGGCAUCAAAGCUGCAGCAGCAACAGCAGCAGUUCAAUUCCUUGCCCAGCUAUGAGACCUUGAAGUUGGAACGGGUGCGUGGGAAAGUGCUGCAUGUGGAGCUCAACCGUCCCGAGAAAAGGAAUGCCAUGAACGUAGCCUUUUGGAGAGAGAUGGUCGAGUGCUUCAACAAGAUUGCCCAGGACUCGGAAUGCCACGUGGUGGUGAUAUCGGGCGCUGGGAAAAUGUUUACUUCAGGCAUUGACCUCAUGGACAUGGGCAGUGUUUUCCUGAUGGCAGAAGGUGACGACAUGGCCCGGAAAGCAUGGAACAUCCGCAAGAAGAUCCGAGACUAUCAGGAGUCGUUCACAGUCCUGGAGAAGUGUCCAAAACCCAUUAUUGCUGCCAUUCAUGGGGGCUGCAUCGGAGGAGGCGUGGAUCUCAUUUCGGCCUGCGAUAUCCGCUACUGUACCCAAGAUGCUUGGUUCCAGGUUAAGGAAGUGGACCUUGGGCUGGCAGCCGACGUUGGCACGCUGCAGCGUUUGCCACGGAUCAUUGGGAAUCGAAGCCUCGUGAACGAGCUGGCUUUCACUGCCAGGAAGCUGAUGGCCCCGGAGGCGGAGAGCUGCGGCCUCGUCAGCCGUGUGUUCCGGGACCAGGAGUCCAUGCUGCAGAGCGCCUUUGAUCUGGCCACCGAAAUUGCCAGCAAGAGCCCAAUCGCUGUGCAAGGUACCAAAAUCAACCUUGUUUACUCCAGAGACCAUUCAGUGCCCGAAGGCUUGAAGUACAUGGCCACCUGGAACAUGAGCAUGCUGCAGACCGAAGACAUCAUCAAGUCCGCCCAGGCUGUCAUGGAGAAGAAGACCCCCAAGCAGGUGGUCUAUUCCAAGCUGUAGAUGGCAGCCAGUGCCCGACCCAACCAGAAGGGUCCCUUUCCUGCUCUGCAGGGGCUAAGCCUGGAUCCCGGGACACCACGAGGCAGCCGGAGCGAGUGCCUUUGAAUCACGCCACCGCCUGUCCGUCCCUUCCGGCCCACAUGGCAACUUUUUAGGGGUGUUGGGAAGCGACACCCGUUCGAAACGGGGUGCUUUCCCCAGGCGUGCAGGUUAGCAGCAGAAGAAUGUAUUAAUGUUAAACCGACGCUGAAACCUGAUUUUAGCAAAGAUUAAAUACUGUUUUAAUUAUG